CCUCGAACUGCCCCAGCUUCAACGACCACCAACUGACGUUUCCGAUCAUGUUCAGCAAAGAUGGCGGCAGCUACAGUUAGGAGGUCUCCGUACAAGGACUUCCUACAGCCCGCGCUACAGCGGCGCUUCGCGACGGCGAGCUUGUUUGUGCUGGCCAUCGCAUACCUCCAGGCCCUGCUCUUGGCGAACUGGUCUUCUUUAUUUUGGUCAUGGUUUCCCCUGGGCCCGACCGGUUUUCGCGCCGUAUCCUUCUUCUUCUGCGGCAUCGUGAUCAUCAUCCUCCGCAUCUCCCAAUACCACCCCGGCCUGCGCACCUCCGACUCGGGCGUCCACACCUUCUUUCGCUAUGCGCCGAAGCUGGAGACACUUGAAACUCUCCUCACCUACACCUUGUCAGCAUUCUUCUUUGCCUUCAUCUACCUCUGGUCGCUGCCGGAGAAGUUGGGCCUCGAAUUCAUCACCUACUUCACCGCCGAUCGGGCGAGGCUGAACGAGAAACCCCUCUUCUUGAUAUCUCACUUGGUAUUGCUGGGCACUUAUCAGACGGUUAUACAUCUUUUCAAGGAUGUUGACCGCCUGUCUCUCGGCGCCGCUAGACCGCAGAAUGGCGAGGCGAAGCUGGAGGUGGGUGACGCGUCUGUCCAGGUGCGCCGGUUCAGGGACCAGCUUCCGACCAUGCUGGUUCACACCAUCAAUCAGUCCAUCUCUGGCCUGGUUAUAAGCGCCCUCGUUUACCCGCUGACGGUGCGCGGCCCGGUAUGGAGGACCACGUUAUUCUUCCUACGACCGAUAUACAACCUCCCUAGGAGCAACAUGCUCCCCGCGUCGCUGCCCUUUUCCUUCUCAGCCAUCCUGCGCUGCUGGCUCGUGAGCUUGAUGCUUCUGUUUGGUUGGACCGCUGCGAAUACCGCUUUCUCGCUCUUCUUGGUUAAGAACCCCGUGAAGAACGGAAAUCCGUUGACCUCGGACUCGAAGGAUCCCAAUGGCAGUCUCCUCAAUGGGUUGAAGAAUAAGAAGCUUUCCAUCAAGUGUUUCGCCAUGUGGGAGCUGGCCAUCAUCGCCCGCGACUUCCCGGACCGCCGCAAGGCCAUCUACGAGGACAUUGACCGCAAGGACGGGCCCAUGUGGUCCCAAGUCUACAAGAUCUGUCUCGAGACUCUGAAGUCCAUCGAGACAAACAUCGACACCUACAUAGCACCGCCCACCACCCCAGCUUCCACCACCACCGAACCGUCACCACCAGCACAAAAAGUCCGCACCACCGACCCCCCACGAGACGAAGCCAUCUUCCAAACCCUUCCCCCAAAGCGAGGCCUCCGCGACCAGGUCGAAAAGGCCGUCAACCAAGCGGCCCUGGCUCCAGGCCAAGUCUCGCAGCUCAGCCCGGCCGCGAAGAAGGCGGUCGAGUCCGCCAAGCAGCAGCUCCUCAAAAUGCAAAAGGACGCCACGGGCACUGACGACACGCAGGGCCUGUUCCGAGACUGGGCCGUCAAGGUGCUCCACUCGGCCGCCGGCUGGCCGUUCCGGCAGCACUACCGCCGCCGCCUGGCCCACGCCGUGCUGGGCGAGCCCUACGGCGAGCCGAGCCUGUACGUCAACGCCGCGUGCGCCGUGAGCCAGCUGGCCCUGCAUUCGCUCAGGGAAGACAAGUACGGGAACGUGCAGCGCGACGUGGCUGCCAUUGUGAGAGCGCUGACAGGCGUGGCCAAGAAGUUGGAGAGUUUCGGAGGGGACGCGGGGCUGGCGACGCACUGGACUGAUGUCGAGGGGAAGAGGGAGUGUCCCGAGGUGGACGAGGUGUUGAGCGCGCUGAGGGAUGCGCUGGCGAGGUUGAUUGAAGCGUUUGGGCCGUAUGCGAGGGAUCUGAGGCUGAGUUUGACAGAUGUGAGGUUGGCGAGGGAGGCCGCGGGGUUGGUUGGGCCGGAGGAGGGAAUGGUUGAGGCCAAGAGGAAUGGCAGGUGAUGAGGAAAUGGUGGUGUAUCAUAGACUGGGACGGCUCGGCUGGGAAUAUGGGAUGGUCCAUCAAAAUGUACUGGGUUUUGUAGGUUGUACAAUGAGAACAGCAAUGUCUUAAAAUAACGGGAUUGGGC